AUGCUGUUCUAUCGUCUCUAUGUGUACGAAGACACGGGCUACACUAGUAUCAGAGCGGAUGAAUGGGCAACGGUAUCUGAACUUUUUGCAGCGAUAUCUAGUCGAUACCCUCAUGAAUGGGAUCAAAUGGAAGAUGUUCCUAUUGCCCGAAUACCUAGAAUUUGGUUCCUGCAUGACGGUGCGCCGCCGCACGUCGUGCGACCAGUGCGCGACCAUUUGAAUGAGAUGUUCCCCCAAAGGUGUAUUGGGAGAUUUGGGCCUCACGCAUGGCCAAGGCGUUCACCUGACUUGACACCUUUAGUCUUUUUUGACCGAGUGUGA